AUGUCUGCAGUUCAACAAACUUAUCCCGGCAGCAGCGAACUCGAUGCCCUGUUCCCCUCCCCAUCUUCCCCACCGAACACACUUUCUCCUCUGCGGUAUCCUGGUGCUUCCCCAGAAGCAGCUGCAGCUUUGACACGUGUCUUGAAGGAUAACUAUACAAAUUACCACAUUUUCUCCAACUAUAAGUGGUUUCAUAAUCAUAUCACUCAUCGUGCGCUGGCACUUUAUGCCACGGGCGCAAGUGGGUCCCUGAUCGAACAGUUCUACAAACAGGACAGCACCCACGAGCGCCCGGCCAUCGAGUCUCCCGAGGCAAUUACCGAAGAGAACUUCACCGAACAUAUAGGUGACGAAAACUUUUAUGCCGCGUACAAAACCUUCUUCAGCAAGGUUAUUAAGGAAAGGGGCCUCAGCGCCACGCUGGAGGAAUACAUCUUCUCUAAGAAGUACAACUUUAUGGAGGGACGAGACGCAUCCGUCCAACCGGUGAUGUUGGCCCGCUUCCUUGGAGGUUUGUUCCACGCCUUCAUCCAUGUAGGAUACGGCGCAGAAUUUGGCAUCCCAGGCAUGGUUGUUGAAGGUCUGGCAUUGACCAGCGUGCAUGAGUAUGAGUUCUUGCCGUCGCAUCUUUUUGAGCCUAGCGGCACGACUGCAGUGGAAAAGGCAACGACUCAGCUUGCCUCCCUUGUCCUCAACACACAGAGAUCUACGACGUCCCCUCAGCUCGAACAACCGCAAAGAAAUCACGCAUUCUCCGUUCUUGCAAAGAUCAUGCAAGAUUCGAAAUUCCCACCGAAGGAAAUCAAGAAACACUCUAAAGAUUUUGACAGCCUGAUGUCCGAGCACGGUGAUACCAUAUGGUGCUACGCUGAACAAUGGACGAUCGACCUAUCACAGCCAGGCGAAAUCGAACGUAAGAUAGAAGAAUGUAUUUGGACAAGCACUAUCCUCUAUAGUGUGGGCGGAUGGAGCGAAGAUAGAAGCUUAACAGCAGACUUUUUCUUCAUGCAUCUCGUCACUUCGAGUCUCUUCCUUCCAUCCCUGUUGCCUUACCUGCCGCAAGACUCGCAAGUACUCUUACUUCGCGGAUACUUUGCAUCGACUCUUGGGUGGUGGAUCACACGUGGCUUCCCCAAACUGGACAUUCAAGGCUUCCUCAACGCAACCUCGCAUCUUUCGUCAGAGACCAAGGUCGCCAACCCAUUCCUCGACAUCGUUCAGUCUGCGAUAACGCACCCAAACAACCAUUUGUUGAAGUGUCAGCGCGCACUUGCGCAUUUCUCUUCACUUUAUGGCGCACGGCCCAAAGGCACCUUCUGCGGUACGGAACUGGAGGGCGCAGAAGCGCUGGAUGGAUCGCUCUUCCUUAGGGUCGCGAGAUUGACUGAGGAGUAUAUGAGUGGGGGCACGAGGUUCUGGAGCCUAGAAGGGUUUACUGCGUGA